GCCAGGAUCACUUUCAUCUGACUGUAACUCGUGGCAUGUUUAAUCAAUUUGACUCUAAAGCAAAUCUUUGGAUCCAUCAUUAAUGGAUCAAAACAAGGGAGGACUACAUCUUCUUCUAGAGAAGUAGACACCAUCAAAGAGGCAUCUCACAAAUACAAACUGAAACUUUGAAACUUCACUUCCUCUUGUGGCCCGAUAAAGAGAAACGCCAUCAAAGCUUUUCACACUUCCAGGAUUCACAUCCUCUCAGCACGGUCAACAAGAAAUGGACCACAAUGCUCAAGGAGGUAAAGCCUAUGGUGUUCUCAAGUCUCAACAGGAAGAAAAACUGGUGUCUAUAAAUGAGACUUAUCUCACAAACCCCCAGUAUGCUGAAGAGGAAGACCUUAGCUCAAAGCUUGAAAUGUUUAAAAAGAAGUACAUGGAGUUUGAUCUUAACGACCAAGGAGAAAUAGAUUUAAUGGGGUUAAAACAAAUGCUGGAAAAGCUUGGAUUGGCCAAGACUCACCUUGAGCUGAAAAAGAUGAUGGCGGUGGUUGGAGAUCCAUCUAAAGAAACGAUAAGCUACAGCAACUUCCUGAAUAUGAUGCUUGGAAAAAGAAAUACAAUUCUGAAACUGAUCUUGAUGUUUGAAGGCAUGGGAAAGGAGCAAGAGAAGAAAGAGGUUGCACCACCUUCUCGCAAAACCUUUACAGACCUGCCAUGAUGGAGUUGUUUUCAGAUUAGAACAUAACCCAGGACUAAAGGCUUCACUAUUUAUGUAAAUAGAAAUGACAACAUCAAAGAUAUUGUUGAAAUAUGCAAAUGGUUUUUUUUUCAAUUAAGUAUUCAAAUAUACCAUAUUAAAACAUAACCUUGGUCCAAAUGCUUCAAAAUAUGUCAAAAGAAAUAAAAACAUUACAAAUAGUGUUCAAAUGUACAACAUCUUUUUUGUUUAUAAAAUAAAAGAAUCGACCAAA